GGAGCUUCUGGCGGAAAGGCGAGGAAGGAGGUGACGCGCUAAGCGGGCGCCGGUGUCGUGCAGCGGCUGGGAGGAAGCUCGGCAGCCUCGCCGGCCGAGAGCAGGCCGGAGCCUGGGUCGCUUGCUGGGCUUCUCCGGGCGUGGGCGAGGCAGCAGUCCCGGCCGCUGCAGCGUUCGUCCAGGCAGGCGGGUCAGGUGCCGGGAGCUAAGGACGCAGUGCUGAUCAAACCUGGGACUUUGACACAUGUGAGUUAACACUAUCUUUGAGCAGAGCCCUACACCACUGACCUCUUUUCUGAGGGUGAAGUUGAGUCGCUAGUGGUGGUGCACACCUUUGAUCCCAGCUCGUGGGAAGCAGAGGCACAUCCAGUUCUCAUUAUGCAUCAGAAAAAUGAAAAAACAGAAGAAAAUUCUAUGGAAGAAAGGAAUUCACUUAGCCUUUUCUGAGAAAUGGAAUACUGGGUUUGGAAGCUUUAAGAAGUUCUAUUUUCCUCAAAACCUGUGCUUUCUGAAAGCUAAGCUGGGAAGACCAGUUGUUUGGCAUCGGCAGUUGAAGCAUUUCCAGUGUAGUAAGAAGGACCUUCACAUCCCAAAAUCAUGGGUCCAGGAUGUCCCGCUUUGUGCGGAGGCGAAGUCUGGAGCGCCCACUCACAAUGUUAGUGCUUUGUAUGCCAGAGUGAGAAGAAAGGACACUGAGCACUUCAUUUCCCCCUCAAGGAGGCUCCUGAAACUCCAAGCAGAUAAGUUACUGUCUUCAUCGAGUCACGUGGACCAUGGAUACUGCAGAGAGAACAGUUUCCUGAGUGCAGUUACGGGCUUGUCAGCAAAUUCUGUUUUAGGUAAGGCCGGUGGUCACAAGCCUAGGACAGAGCCACAAGCUUCAGACUUUCCCAUGAAGUUCAAUGGGGAGAGCCAAAGUCCUGGUGAGAGUGGCAAGAUUGUGGUCUUGAACAAGCAUAGAAAGCGCUUCUGUUAUGGCUGCUACCAAGGGCUAGAGCACCACAGGGAUGGGAGACCCUUGAUUCCAAAACAGUUCCAACUUAACCAACAUCGAAGAGUCAAAGUGUCUCUUAUGAUGUAUGAGAAAUUAUCCAUGAUUAGAUUUCGGUAUAGGAUUUUCAGAUCCCAGCACUUCAGAACGAAAAGCAGAGUUUGUAAGCUAAGAAAAGCCCAGCGAAGCUGGGUACAGAAGGUCACUGGGGACCAUCAAGAGAAACUUAGGGAUAAUAACACAGAGGGUGGCAAUUGCAGCCCAGUCCCUUCCCUAGAACCUAAAGACACUUGUCAGUGUCAGCCAUACUUUCCAGAUAUGGACAGCAGCGUUAUGGUGAAGGGAAAGAACUCUCACAUGGCUGAUGGCCACAUUAAAGAAAGCCCUUUCUCGGACAAGGAGCAUAGUUUAGAUGAAGCAUUCCCUGACCAACAGAAUGGCAGUGCCACAUACACCUGGAACCAGUCACCCUCUUCUCCUAAGUGGGAAUAUACAGAGCAAAUUCAUGAAAUCCCUUUAACAGAACAUCCUUCUAGUAAUGAGUUCUCUUCGGAAACUGAAAGAGCAAGUAUGACUCUGGGUCAGGAAAGUGGGACAAGUACUGUCAGUGACGACAGAGUAAAACUGUCAGUGUCUGGAGCAGACAAAUCUGUGAGUAGUGUAGAUGGGCCUGUGUCUCAAGAGCCUGCUCAGAAUGAGAACUUCCAGAUGGAGGAGGAUGGAUCUCUCAAGCAGAACAUUCUUAGCUCAAAACUUCUGGACCACCCUUACUGUAAAAGUCCACUGGACGCUCCCUCGGUGUGCAGUGAACUCAAAGUAGAAAACCAGAUGGCAGGCAGCCAGAGCCGUCAGAAAGCUUCUCCCGUGGAUGAUGAGCAGCUCUCAACCUGCCUUUCUGGAUUCCUAGAUGAGGUUAUGAAAAAGUAUGGAAGUUUGGUCCCACUCAGUGAAAAAGAUGUCCUUGGGAGAUUAAAAGAUGUCUUUAAUGAAGAUUUUUCUAAUAGAAAACCAUUUAUCAAUAGGGAAAUAACAAACUACCGGGCCAGACAUCAAAAGUGCAACUUCCGAAUCUUCUACAAUAAGCACAUGUUGGACAUGGAUGACCUGGCGACCCUGGAUGGUCAGAAUUGGUUGAAUGACCAGGUUAUUAAUAUGUAUGGCGAGCUGAUAAUGGAUGCAGUCCCAGACAAAGUCCACUUCUUCAACAGCUUUUUUCAUAGACAGCUGGUAACCAAAGGCUAUAAUGGAGUGAAGAGAUGGACUAAAAAGGUGGAUUUGUUUAAAAAGAGUCUUCUGUUGAUCCCUAUUCACCUGGAAGUCCACUGGUCUCUCAUUACUGUGACACUCUCCAAUCGAAUUAUUUCAUUUUAUGAUUCCCAAGGCAUUCAUUUUAAAUUUUGUGUAGAGAAUAUAAGAAAGUAUUUGCUGACUGAAGCCAGAGAAAAAAAUAGACCUGAAUUUCUUCAGGGUUGGCAGACUGCUGUUACAAAGUGUAUUCCACAACAGAAAAAUGACAGUGACUGUGGAGUCUUUGUGCUCCAGUACUGCAAGUGCCUCGCCCUAGAGCAGCCUUUCCAGUUUUCUCAAGAGGACAUGCCUCGAGUGCGGAAGAGGAUCUAUAAGGAGCUGUGUGAGUGCCGGCUCCUGGACUGAGACUCAGCAGGGACUCCAGAAGGCUGGCCAUGUUGGAGCAGAUGGUUUGUUACUUGAAUCUCCAAACACUUACUGAAUUUUUACAGAUAUUUCAGAUUGGUGGUAUUGGGCCACUUAUUGUUACCUCAAAUUUAUUUUUGCCCUUCUUCAUUUCUCCUGCUAUCAUGUACUUUUUCUUUUUUUUUUUUUACUGUUCAGUUUAGUUUCAUUUUUAAGUUUAUGAAUUCUCUAUGUCCCUCCUAUAUUUAAUAUUUAUUAUCCAAACGCAUGCAUAUAGACAGAGCAUGCAGUAAAGAGUAUUAAAAAAAAAAGCCUAGUAGAUUUGGUGCAGCUUUUGAAACAUAGUUAGAUGUGAACUGAAUACAGGUUUAAAAUUUAACCCCAGAACCUAAAAAUGCAAGAUGUUUUUGAUACAGCAUAGCUCAGAAUAGAUGUUCCCUAUGGCAUAAAGGGUAGCUAGGAGUGUUGUGGAAAGCCAGUCCUGUUUUACUUCUGCCGGCAGCACCUUUUGCUGAUAUCCCUCAGAUGAGGCUCCAGUCUGAGAUACCUUCCAUCUGAGGGUGAGAGGGGCUGUUCUGCUUAGGGACGUGCUUGCAGGCAGAGUGCUGAUUUAAGAAGAGUUAAGGUAUGAGGGGGAAAUGCAGCAUCCUUGAGGGCCAGUUGAUCUUAUUUUAAAAAAGAAAAAAAAAAAAAAGAUUUCUUUGUUUUGUUUUGAGACGUCUCACUAUGUAGCCAAGCUGUCCAGAGCUCACAGCUAGGCUGGCCUCACACUCAAGCUAACCCCGUCUCUGUCUCCCAGUGCUGGUAAUAGAGGGAUAUACCAAUACACUCUACAAUAAGAUUUCUAUUUUGGUCUUGAGAUUUAUAAUAUGUAGGUUAAAUCUCAUAAUGGCUUUUCCUGGGACAUUGGAUUUUUUUCACUUUUUUUCUGAGUUUGACUUGUGGGAAAAAAAAAAACAACAACUUAGCAUCCAUUAAAUUCCUGGUUAAAUGAAUGAGAAUUUGGCUUUCAUGGCAGUAAUCUGCUAUCACCUCUCUGUUGCUGCCCCAGGUAUUUAAGAUUUACCAAAACUGUUUCUACUUUAAGGAGUCUGAAAUACAAGCCAAGUAGAAGACUGGCAUGGGGUCUGGUGCAGAUGGUGGGAGGAGAGGAGAGGCCACACUGAGGUCUCUGGGAGAGCAGCACAAGAGGAAUGUUUCUCCAGUCUCCUCUGGCCACUCAACAUCCCAGACAGCUCUUUUGCCUUCUACAAGAACAAUCUGAAUCCUGUACUCAAGAACUGCCUCUUUAUUGAAGUUCUUCCACCAAGGCAGGCUGUAGAAUAGCCCUGUCCUAUGGGUAGAUCUUGCAUCUUUAAUCUGGCCUUUUGUGACUUAUUUGAAAGGAAAAUAAGUAAGAUGCAUAUUUGUUUUGUUUUUUUUUUUUUAAUUGAAGGAGGAAAGUGUAAGAAACUCACGAAAAAAACUACCAAGUAAAUGGCAGAAGAUAACUGCCUAGUUAGGCAUGAGAUGUUUAAAAAACAAAAGGUAAAAUGGUUGAGUAGGGCUUACUGCCUCGUUAGGGUUGAAUCAAAAUUAGAUUUACAUGCAGGAUUCUCAAUAGCAGCAGGGGCACUGGGCAGUGGCCUUGGUAUUUUCAGUCACCCAAACUCAAAGUUCUUGGCAUAAAACCAGGUCAGCGUUUCCUGUGCUUCAGGUCGUUAAAAAGACUUGAGUAGAGGCACUCUGUUGCCACAGGUAAGGCUGGGUCACCACUGGGGAAGACGAGAAUUUAGAUAGGGGAAGUUGUCUUUACUGUUUCUGCAGGUACUGGUGAUGGAACCCAGAGCUUGUUUGUAUGUUAGGCAAGUACUCUACCACUGAGCUUAGCCCUUAGCCCUCUUUGUACAUUUUGUCGUUGUUGUUUUAUGUUUUUGUAUUUUGAGACAGGGUCUAAUGAAGUUGCCUAGGUUGGCCUUGCAUUUGCUCUAUGGCUGAGCCUGGCCUUGAGUUUAUACUCUCAGCCACCUGAGUAGCGAGGCUUACAGGCCAGCCCUGUCAGGCCAGGGUGCUUGAAGAUCUCUUAAAGAGGAGGUCUGGGAGCAGGGGCUCCUGUGUCAGACUAGCCUCACACUCAUUGUGUACCUGAAGAUGAGCUCGAAUUCUCAGUCCUCUCCCGGGGGCGAGGACACAGGUCUGUCUCCACACCCACCUAAAGAUGUACUCUUAGGACUUUUAGACAUACCUAUGCCGACAUGAGCUUCUUCAAAGUCUGUAUGCGAGGCAUUAGUGGACUUGUGUUUCUGUGCCUAUACUGAAAUAGCCAGUAAUGAGAUGGCUGACUCAGAAUGUCUCCAACUUAGUCUUGAGGAAGCAUCUCACUUGCCCACUAGCAGACCCAUCAUGCAGAAGUUACAAUUGUUCCUUUGAGAAUUUUGUUGAAACAUGAAACGGGGUCUUUAUUUGGCUCAGGCUGGCCUCAAACUUGCAGUUCUUCUGCCUCAGCCUCCCUAAUGUUUGGAUUACGUGGGUGCACCAGCAUGUUCAAUGCCUGGGAGAAUCAUAAUGUCCAGAGUCUGAGUUGCUACCUCUCCAGACUGAGAAAGGGUCAUGUCAGGAGUGAGGCAUGCAGGGAUGAACCGAGGCGCAGCCAUCCAGAUCCGGCUACUCUUCCCUUCUGGCACGAUAGGGCGCCUUCAGGUGCACUAUUCGACUUGCUUCAGCCUACAUGCUGGGCAUUUUCAGUGUGCUAAGCCUGUCUGUCAUGUGCUGACUUGGUUUCAGCACACAUAGCUGUUCUUUCUCUUCAUGCAAAUGUUUAGCUUUCAAGCCCUAGAUUGCAAACUCUUUUGUCUUGUAGUAAUGUUUUACUGUCACUGGCCUGACACUGAAUUGUUGAUACCUAUAAAGCAGGCAGACCCUGUGUCACUGGGGAUGAAUGUAAGCCUUGCACAGGCUUAAAGCUGUUCACAUAUGAGCCUUCAACAAGCUGCCAGGGACCUUACGGGCAAACUUAUCUGACUGUAGUUGCUUCUUUCCAUUAUCUUUCCUUUUGUUAAACCCUAGCAAUGAAUAGAUUUAAUUCAUCUUUUAGUUUUCCUAGGAAUCAUGGAGAUUUAACUUUCAGCUGGCCUCUCAAGGAAGAGAAAAGCAGUUGUUGCCAAUAAUUUCAUAGCACAUUUUUUGGCUUUGCACUGUAUUCUGUGUUUGCCAUUGACUAUGAAUAGCAUGGUCAUCUUGGAGCUAUGGUUGGAAUACAAUAGUAACAGAGUACCUAGGGACGAGCCAGUUCUCACCUAAUAUUAGUUGUUCGGUGAGUUGUGGCUCACUGCUUCUUCCUUAGGAGCCAUCGGGGGUGUGAGCGGGUCAGAAACAGUGAGUUGUUAGUGUAAAUUCAAUGCACUGAUUAUCUGCUCUGCUUCAUUAUGUUAAGAAACCAAGUUAAUCAACAGCCAAGAUCUGGGGACUAGCAUCCAAGAAGUGCUAUUGUCUAUGGGGUUACAAAAUAGACCUAGACAAGUUGUUGACGUGAAUGAUUUCUGUUGGUCAGAAAGAUUUUAUUAAAAGAAUAUGAUCAUGUAAAAUUACAGUCAGUACUCAACCCUUCUAGCAAAAUAUUUUUUGAAAAUAAACUAAAUGCCUUUAUAAACA